AUGGAAAAAUUCGAAGGGUAUUCAGAAAAACAGAAAUCUCGUCAACACUACUUCGUCUACCCACUUCUCUUUCAGGAAUAUAUUUAUGCAUUUGCUCAUGAUUAUGGAUUAAAUGGUUCCGAACCCGUGGAAAUUUUUGGUUGUAAUAACAAGAAAUUUAGUUCACUACUUGUGAACCGUUUAAUUAUCCGAAUGUAUCAGCAGAAUUUUUUAAUUAAUUCGGUUAAUUAUCCUAACCAAGAUCGAUUGUUGGAUCACCGUAAUUAUUUUUAUUCUGAGUUUUAUUCUCAGAUUCUAUCUGAGGGGUUUGCGAUCGUUGUAGAAAUCCCACUCUCGCUAGGGCAACUAUCUUGUCCGGAAGAAAAAGAAAUACCAAAUUUUCAAAAUUUACAAUCUAUUCAUUCAAUAUUUCCCUUUUUAGAAGACAAAUUUUUGCAUUUACAUUAUCUAUCACAUAUAAAAAUACCCUAUCCUAUCCAUUUAGAAAUCCUGGUUCAACUCCUUGAAUACCGGAGUCAAGAUGUUCCCUCUUUGCAUUUAUUGCGAUUCUUUCUCUACUAUUAUUCGAAUUGGAAUAGUUUUAUUACUUCAAUGAAAUCCAUUUUUCUUUUGAAAAAAGAAAAUAAAAGACUAUUUCGAUUCCUAUAUAACUCUUAUGUAUCAGAAUAUGAAUUUUUCUUGUUGUUUCUUCAUAAACAAUCUUCUUGCUUACGAUUAACAUCUUCUGGAACCUUUCUGGAACGAAUCAUCUUUUCUGGGAAGAUGGAACAUUUUGGUGUAAUGUACCCGGGGUUUUUUCGGAAAACCAUAUGGUUCUUUAUGGAUCCUCUUAUGCAUUAUGUUCGAUAUCAAGGAAAGGCAAUUCUUGCAUCAAAAGGCACUCUUCUUUUGAAGAAGAAAUGGAAAUCUUACCUUGUCAAUUUCUCGCAAUAUUUUUUCUCUUUUUGGACUCAACCACAAAGGAUUCGUCUAAACCAAUUAACAAACUCUUGCUUCGAUUUUCUGGGGUACCUUUCAAGUGUACCAAUAAAUACUUUGUUAGUAAGGAAUCAAAUGCUGGAGAAUUCUUUUCUAAUAGAUACUCGAAUGAAAAAAUUCGAUACCACAGUCCUUGCAACUCCCCUUGUCGGAUCCUUAUCAAAAGCUCAAUUUUGUACUGGAUCGGGGCAUCCUAUUAGUAAACCCGUUUGGACUGAUUUAUCAGAUUGGGAUAUUCUUGAUCGUUUUGGUCGGAUAUGUAGAAAUAUUUUUCAUUAUCAUAGUGGAUCUUCGAAAAAACAGACUUUGUAUCGACUAAAAUAUAUACUUCGACUUUCAUGUGCUAGAACUUUAGCUCGUAAACAUAAAAGUACGGUACGAACUUUUAUGCAACGAUUGGGUUCGGUAUUUUUAGAAGAAUUUUUUACGGAAGAAGAGCAAGUUUUUUCUUUGAUGUUCACCAAAACAAUUCACUUUUCUUUCCAUGGAUCACACAGUGAGUGUAUUUGGUAUUUGGAUAUUAUCCGUAUCAAUGACCUGGUGAAUCCUCUUACUCUUAAUUAA